AUGAUGGCCAAACACCUCAACUGGUGCCAGUGUCCUACUGUGAACAGCUUUGCCAAGUCCACAAGUGCAAUAGAACGUCAAACCGCAAACGCCGAAGCUCCGGCGGAUAAAGUCAAACUCACCGUUUCAGCGGGGCCCAGUCAGACGAUCCAGCUGCCCGUGGACCAGGCAGUUCUGACCAGCUUCGUCCUGCCCGACUCUAAAAACUACAAGUACAGCUGGGAGCUGGUCUACCCGCUGAACCAGGUGGACAUUGGCAACAUCGAGGGCCUCAACAAGGACCAGGUCAAGGUCUCCCACCUGAAGCCGGGCAACUACACCUUCCGCGUGACGGUCACCGGCGGCGACAAGCCCAACGACGGCGGCAGCGCCACUGUCGGCCUGACCGUCCUCCCGCCGGCCACCGCCCACCACCGCCCGCCCAUCGUCGUCAUCGAGCCGAACGCGCAGACGGUGCAGCUGCCGAACAAGGAUGCGGUCCUCGACGGCUCCGCCUCGCGCUCGCCCGACGCCGCCGACGGCACCACCACCAUCGUCCGCUACGACUGGGCGGCCAUCAAGGUGCCCAUCGGCUACAAGAACCUCCUCCCCCUCAACUCGAGCAUCCUCCGCCUGAAGGACCUGACGCCCGGCCUGUACGUCUUCAACCUGACGGUGACCGACUCGCGGAACGCCACCAACUCCACCACUGCCUCGGUGACGGUGCUGAAGGAAGCGGACUACCCGCCGGUGGCCAACGCCGGCCCCGACAUUGUCGUCUACCUGCCGCAGAACUCGGUGACACUGAAUGGAAGCGCCUCCACCGACGACAAGGGCAUCGAGAGCUGGCAGUGGUCACGGGCGGACGAUGGGGGCGGCGGCUCGGGAGGUUCCGGCGGCUCUGGCUCAGGUGGCCCUGGAGGCGGCGGCGGCGGAGGUGGCUCCGGCUCGACCGCCGCCGUGGACAUGGACGGCACCUCCACCGCCUACCUCCACCUGUCCAACCUGCAGGUGGGCGUGUACAAGUUUGUCCUCCAGGUGACCGACACCAGCGGGCAGUCGUCGCGGGCGGAGACGCACGUCUUUGUGAAGCCCGAGUCGAAUGAGGCGCCGAGGGCGGACGCCGGCGGCGACCUGGAGCUGCGCCUGCCGCUGACGCCGAAGAGCGCGCUGCUGGAUGGGAGCAAGUCGGCGGACGAUAUUGCCAUUGUUCGUUGGGAGUGGCUGCAGAUUGACGUUUGCCAGAACGACUGCUCCGGCCAUGGGAGCUGCGACCCCUACAGCCGGCGGUGCAUGUGCGAGGCCUUCUGGAUGGAGAACUGGCUGCGCGUCUACUUUGGAGAUAAUCAGAGUAAUUGUG